AGCCAAAGGCGAAGAAAAGCAUAUCGUACCAAGCGAGAUGCUAACUUUGAUAAACAACAUCAUUCGUAUGACAAUCUCUGAGCUUCUAAAAUGGAGAUGGAGGAAUGUGGAGUAGGMAUAGCAAUUUUUUGCGUUCUUAUUGUUUGUGGAACAACAAUAUGGUGGCAAACACAAACCGGGACGGUGGACAAGCCAAUCGUCAAAGAGAUGACUGCGGACGAGGAACAUAGCCGGGGAAUCGUUAACGAAGGAAAACAGAGCUUUGAGGACAAGUUUUCAUUUGUGUGGUUGAACAUUGUGCGAUUCCUUUCCGACAAAGACGGUGACCUGAGCRUUAUAUGCAAACUUCCCGAGCUGAAGGGAAUCGGAGAACUCGUCCGUGCCGAACAGCACACACUCACCGUCCUCACUAUGAUUGAGAGGAAAGGGUCAAUCAAAGGCUGCGAGAUAGGCUCGAGCUUGAGCACCACCCACCCGGUUUCUCGGCUCGAGGCCAACGUGGACCGGGGCCUCCGGCAAAUCGAAGACACGAACGAACUGUGGGAUUCGUGGGUCUGGGAGGAACGGAAAGGUUGCCACUACGGAUUCCGGUCACUGGAGCUCUUCUACGAAUUUUGCCACUGCGCCGGGGUGCACCCCUCGRACGGUUUUCGCUGGUACGGACGCAAGUUCGACGAAAACGUCUACCGGUCCGACAAACCCUUCGACGUUCAAAGGGUUCAAAACGAAAAACAGGUGGUUAUAGCCGAUCAUUACUUCCUGUCUAUCGACAAGAAAGUUAUAGUUAUUGCCCGGAGACGACGCCGGCGAUGUUCUAGAGUGUCCUUCGGAUUCUGGAACAUACAAAUCAUUGGYCAGCGAGACCGUGUCACGAGGCUUGGAAACUGGUUCCAUUCGAAGGCCAGCGCGGCAUAAUCCGUAAAGACUAUUUUUUG